UGUCACUGAUUGCCCCAUUGAGAUGGACGUUCCGGCGCUGGUCGAGUCGCUCGUGACGAGCGUCCAUGGAAGUCCGAACCCAUCGUUGAUGUCUCUGUCUCUGCGCAUUCUCUCGUCCAGGUACGGGAAUGCGCAUGAAAUGGAGCAUCGAGCAAACGACAUGUUGGGCGUGACCCAGAAGAUCCUUCGUCAUCUCAAGGAAUCGUCGAUCGGAUACGACUCGAAACUGGCGGUACAGCGCUUUGAGUCGUUGAACCAGGACUUCAUCACGCACGCGAUGCUGCACCGGAAAGCGGCGCUGUUGACGCUGCUCUUGCGACUGAGUUUGGACACGGACACCACGACGUUGUACGUGCCGCCGCUCCCCGUGACGGCGAUCGGACAUCCAACCAUCAAGACUGAUCCCACUUCGUCCCCACAGCAUCCCCAUCCUCCCCGUUCGCCACAUGCAGAUCCUUCCAUGCCACAACAACCUUCUAUAUCUACCACCUGGCACGACAAACACAUGCAGCAAGACACGUAUCGCGCGGCGGUGCGCACGCACGACACAGGCGCGGCCAUGGACAUCCCCGAGAACGUCCUUCUCCAAGAAGUGCUGUAUGCGUUCCAAGGCAUCGAUUCCAAGUACACGUUCUUCAACCCGUCCACCGAUCGGUUCGAAGUCGCGCGCCACGUCGGCGUGUCCCUCCCCAUGCGCGAUUUGAUUCGAAAGCUCACCGAAGUGGGGUGGCUGUUCAACCGCGUCCAGCAGUUCCUCGGUCGGUCCAUGGACGGCGGCGUCGUGACCCAGAGCUUCCACCAUGCGCUCAAAGCGGAACUGUCGGAUUUUUACCGCCUCCUCGCGGUCCUCAGUGCCCAGGUGGACGUGGACGCCGCCAAGUUUCCACUCCCCGACGCCAUGCCAGAGCUCACACUCAAGCGCCUCAUCGUGUGGACGCAGGACCCGCUCGACCGCCUCCGUGUCAUGGCCGCGCUCGUCGACAGUGUGGACGGCCUCACGGGCGGCGCGCUGGCGUCGGGUAUUUACAUGUACAUGGAGCACGGCGACCCGUUUGUCCGACAGUUCAUUCAGACGAUUCUCAACCAAGUGGCCACGCCCGUGCUCACGAUGAUCCAGCAGUGGACGCUCGAAGGGUUACUUCAAGAUCCAUAUGAAGAAUUCUUUGUCGCGUGCGACGCCAGCGUUGGCGACGACAUGCUGUGGAGCCAAAAGUAUUCGUUGCGAUGGGCCAUGUUGCCUCAAUUCAUCCCACGAGACGUCGCACACACGAUCUUUGUGAUGGGCAAGAGCAUCAAUUUCAUCCGAACGUGCUGUGGCGACUCGGAGUGGGUGCUGGACACGCAAUUGCACGCGACCAACUUGACGUUUGACCACUGGACUGAGUUUCAGCAGUGGAUUGCGGCCGCAGCAAACGAAACCAACAAUUACGUGACCAAGAUCUUGCUUGGAAAGUACCAGUUGCUCGAGCAUUGCCGCGCGUUGAAGCAGUAUUUGCUCCUGGGCCAAGGAGACUUUAUCCAAUACCUCAUGGAUCUGCUCCAGCCAGAACUAUCCAAACGAGCGACCCAAAUCUACCGCCACAACCUCAUGAGUGUGCUCGAGACGGCGCUGAACGCAUCCAAUGCGAAAUUCGAAUCGAACGAUAUUUUAAGCCGCUUGGACGUGAAAUUGCACCAAGCGACGUCAGGCGAAGAAGGUUGGGAUGUGUUUGCAUUGCACUACAAGCUCCAAGCGCCGUUGAACACGGUCAUCCCGGACGCCGCCAUGGCCGAGUACCUCCAGAUGUUUUCGUUUCUGUUUAAAGUCAAGCGGGUCGAGUACUCGCUCAGCACUUGCUGGGGCCGGGACAUGAACCUCGUGCAUUUGAUCAGCGUACGACUAUUUAUAUAUAUAUAUAUAUUAUGAUAUAUUUGUAGAACAAACUGCCACAUGCAGUAGCCAUCAUGCAUCGCGGCAACUUGGUGCGGUCCCAGAUGAUCCACUUUACGACCAAUUUGCACAACUACAUCAUGUUUGAAGUGCUCGACGGGUCGUGGCACUCGCUUGUUAAGGACGUGACCAACGCCACUCAUUUGGAUGCACUCAUCGAUGCCCACUCUGGCUACUUGGAGCGUAUCAAGGCCAACGCGUUCAUUUUGGAUGCCAACCAAGAGCUGCUGCGGGCACUCAAGGGCAUUUUCGACACGAUUUUGACGUUUUCCAAGGUCCAAGAGGCGAUUUACACGACGGCGGUGCGCGAAGGCCAGCUAGUUAACCGCCACGAACGCUUGGGCAAGGUGGCGUGGACGGGCACGGAAGAGCGGCCGACGUCGGCGCUGGACGCCACGGGUGCCCUCGUCCGGCAGAUGCACACAAUCGCGACCGACUUCCAGACGCAAAUGGUAUCGUUUCUGGAUCUGCUCAAGCAGCAAGCGCUCGGGUCCGACAACUUGCCGUUCCUGACGUUUCGCCUCGACUUUAACGAGUACUACCGCAAGUCCACGGCACCACCAACCAACUAAUGGAAUAGUAGACAAAGACUAGUUGGUGGCAAACACACACAGUGUGCAAUCAAUACCGCUCGUUGCGGGUUUCGGAACGUAGCUACUGUAGUGGCAACCAAUUGUGUGC